AUGGCGGUGUCUCAGAAGGUCAAUUCGCUCGCCGUUCUUAAUUUUAAGGGGAACGCCCUUGACGACUUUAAGAAAAAGUACAAUCCCUGCGAUUGUAAUACACCUGACAAUAGGUACAAGGAAGAUUCACCAUAUUGGCAUUUGGAUGGAUCAUGUCCCAAGUGUCAAGUUAAAUAUGUUGACCCUUAUUUUCAUUAUACAAAUCUAUACAAAUCGGUUAUAAACACAACAUUUAACCAAGCGACAUCAAUAAAUCGAUUAUCAUCAAUUAGGUUCUGGUUGCAUCAGGAAAAAAGGCCAUGGUAG